GUGUUCUCUCUUCUCUCUUUUUCCAACGCACAAAAGAAGAGGAAGAACACACAAAGAAGAGCGCAAACAUUCGAUUUGAUCCGAGCAAAGAGGGGCGAUACGAUCGGAGAACAGGGCAAGGCCGGGCAAUCGAUUGCACGCAUCCUCGUCUUGUGCAUUGGCAGGAGCUCGAUUUAGCGGCGCUCUCAAUUUGGGCUUUUCAUUCCUCCCCUGCUGCAGGAGCUAGACAAAUCCUCCCUCAAUCGAUCGAUCCAGGAGAAGCUCACAGGGAAGAAGCGAAAAUGGUGGCCAACGGCAGCGACACAACCUCCUCCUACUCGCCGCUCGUCCGGGUGUCGCCAGAUCCCACGCUCUGCCUCCCCAAUUCCACUCCGCGCUACGACACCUCCGAUCCCCUCAGCUGGAAGAAGGCCGCGGCGGCGAUGUCUGGUAGCCACCUCGAGGAGGUCCGCGAGAUGGUCCACACCGUCUACGGCGCCGCCAAGCCCAGCUUCCCGAUCGAGGGCACCACGCUCACCAUCGCCCAGGUGGCGGCGGUGGCCAAGCGCGGCGCCGCAGCCCAGGUACGCUUGGAUUCCGCCGCUGCCAAGAAGAGGGUGGACGAGAGCUCCAACUGGGUGCUCGACAAUGCGAUGAAGGGGACCGACACCUACGGCGUCACGACUGGAUUCGGCGCCACCUCCCACCGCCGGACCAACCAGGGCGUGGAGCUCCAGCGCGAGCUCAUCCGCUUCCUCAACGCCGGGAUCUUCAGCGAGGACGAUUCGACCAACGUUCUCCCGCUGGCCUUCGCGCGCGCCGCGAUGCUGGUGCGCACCAACACGCUCCUCCAGGGCUACUCGGGCAUCCGGUGGGAGAUACUGUCCGCCAUGGAGAAGCUCGUCAACUCGGGCAUCGUGGCGCGGAUCCCACUCCGCGGGACGAUCACUGCCUCGGGCGAUCUCGUUCCUCUCAGCUACAUUGCCGGGCUGCUCACCGGCCGAUCCAACGCGCGCGCCGUCUUGCCGGAUGGGAAGGUCGUCACCAGCGCCGAGGCGCUCAAGCUCGUCGGCGUGGAGCAGCCGUUCGAGCUCCAGCCCAAGGAAGGCCUCGCCAUCGUCAACGGCACAGCAGUUGGCGCGGCGGUGGCCUCCAUCGCCUGCUUCGACGCCAACGUCCUGGCGCUCCUGGCCGAGAUCCUGUCCGCGAUGUUCUGCGAGGCGAUGCAAGGCAAGCCGGAGUUCACGGAUCCGCUGACGCACAAGCUCAAGCACCACCCCGGCCAGAUCGAGGCCGCCGCCAUCAUGGAGCACGUCCUCGCCGGGAGCUCCUACAUGAAGGCCGCCGCCAAGCUCCACGAGACCGACCCCCUCAAGAAGCCCAAGCAGGACCGCUACGCGCUGCGCACCUCCCCGCAGUGGCUCGGCCCCCAGAUCGAAGUCAUCCGCCACGCCACUCACUCCAUCCAGCGCGAGAUCAACUCCGUGAAUGACAACCCGAUCAUCGACGUUGCUCGCGACAAGGCCCUCCACGGCGGCAACUUCCAGGGGACGCCCAUCGGUGUGUCCAUGGAUAACUUGCGCCUGGCGGUGGCGGCCAUCGGGAAGCUCAUGUUCGCGCAGUUCUCGGAGCUCGUCAAUGACUUCUACAACAACGGCCUGCCUUCCAACUUGAGCGGCGGAUCCAACCCGAGCUUGGACUAUGGUUUCAAAGGUGCCGAGAUCGCCAUGGCCUCGUACACCUCGGAGCUCCAGUACCUGGCCAACCCGGUCACCACCCACGUCCAGAGCGCCGAGCAGCACAACCAGGACGUGAACUCUCUCGGCCUCGUCUCCGCUCGCAAGACCGUCGAGGCUCUCGACAUCCUCAAGCUCAUGUCUUCGACGUAUCUGGUGGCGCUGUGCCAGGCCAUCGACCUCCGCCACCUCGAGGAGAACUUGCAAGCCACCGUGAAGCAGACCGUCUCUCACGCCGUUAAGAAGACGCUCACCACCGGGGCUGCCGGAGCGCUGCUGCCGUCGCGCUUCUGCGAGAAGGAGCUCCUGUCCGUGGUGGACAACCAGCACGUCUUCACCUACAUCGAUGAUCCGGCCAGCGCUGGAUACCCGCUCAUGCAGAAGCUCCGCCAGGUUCUCGUCGAGCACGCCCUGAAGAACAUCGGGGACGAGAAGGAGACGAGCUCCUCGGUGUUGCACAAGAUCGGGCUGUUCGAGGAGGAGCUCAAGGCGGCGUUGAGUGUCGAGGUCCCGGCGGCCAGGGAGGCGUACGAGAGCGGUAACGCGGUGCUGCCAAACCGGAUCUUCGACUGUGCCUCGGCGCCGCUGUAUGAGUUUGUGAGGAAAGGUGCUGGAACUGCGCUGCUCAUGGGGACCAAGAGUGGAACGCCAGGCGAGGACUUCACCAAAGUCUACGAUGCCAUCUGCCAGGGGAAGCUUGUUGCUCCCUUGUUGAAGUGUGUCGAUGGCUGGUCCGGAACGCCCAGUUUUUGAGCUACGCUAACUCGCUAGCCCGAUCAAACGAGCGAGCGAGCGAGCACACACUUCCUGUUCCUUGUUUCUUUUCAGCUUCUUCCUUUUUCUCAGAACGCGGCGAGGGACGUUCAAAGUUUCCGAGGUCUCUUGCCGGUUCGUCCAUUUUUUUCGACAUCAUCCAGCUCUUCUAGUUUUUUUUCCUUCUUCCCUGUGCUGCUGCUGCUGCUGCCACUGCUGUGGCGGCUGCUGCUGCUGGCUGCUAAUUACUGUGUACAUCUAAUGAAAAGUUGACGAAUUUGUCUCU